GCUUACUUUGCACUAGCCACAUCACAGAAGUGUAUUGUGUACAUGUGUUUGCACAAGCAGGAGUAACUAAUAACACCGAAAAUAAAGCAAGACGAACGCGAACACAAACAACAGCUGAUCUACUUUUACCAGGAAUUGGAAAUGGACAAAUUUUUCAAGAGAAGGCCUCAGAAAGUGCCUUUCUGGCAAAGACGAGAGAUUACUGAUUUCCUGGCAGUUUUUAAACAGAACAGAACAUAUGGGAUUCUUGCCCUUGCUGUAUCCAUAAUUGUUCCUCUGAUUACCACUCUAAUUUUGGGGAAAAAGAAGCGGAAGCAGCGCGGAGUCGAGGCUGCAGUUGCUGGAGAGUCAGGCUAUGCAGUGCGCAAUGCACGCCAAGCCCAAUUGCUUGAAGUUCCCUGGGAAGGUGCAGAUACUAUGACAGCUCUGUUCGAGCAGUCGUGUUUGAAGCAUUCUAAGUUACGGUGCCUAGGAACGAGGGAGCAGCUAAGCAAGGAGUAUAUAACAGAUGGUAGUGGAAGGAAGCAUGAGAAGCUUCAUUUAGGGGAGUACAAAUGGGAGACUUAUGGCGAGAUAUUUGACCGUGCUUGCAACUUUGAGUCUGGAAUUAUUAUGUUAGGUCAUACAGUGGGUACUCGUGCUGCCAUAUUUUCAGAGAGUCGGCCUGAGUGGUUUAUAGCAUUGCAGGGUUGCUUGCGACAGAACAUAACUGUUGUUACCAUCUAUGCUUCUUUAGGUGAAGAUGCUCUAGUUCACUCCCUCAAUGAGACUGAAGUAUCAACAUUGAUAUGUGAUUCUAAACAAUUGAAGAAGUUGCCUGCUGUAAGUUCGAGGCUGAAAACCAUAAAGAAUGUGAUUUAUUUUGAAGACAGUGAUAGCACAGAUGAUCCAAAAACUUACAAGGAUAUGAGUAAUUGGACUAUGUCUUCUUUUUCCGAGGUUGAAAAUCUGGGGAAGAAUAAUACACCGCCUUACCAAAAACCAAACAAGAGUGAUAUUGCGGUCAUCAUGUAUACAAGUGGCAGUACAGGUCUGCCAAAGGGAGUUAUGAUGACCCAUAGUAAUCUUGUGGCGAGUGCUGCUGCGGUCCUGACUGUGAUCCCUAAGAUAGCCAGCAGUGACGUGUUUUUGGCAUACUUACCACUAGCUCAUGUUCUAGAGUUGGUAGCUGAGAUUGUGAUGUUCAGUGCAGGCAUGUCAAUUGGUUAUGGCUCACCACUGACGAUAACAGACGUAUCUAACAAAAUUAAGAAAGGGACCGAGGGAGAUGCUUCUGCGCUAAAACCCACUUUACUUCCAUCAGUUCCAGCAAUUUUGGAUCGUGUGCGAGAUGGAGUUUUGAAGAAGGUUGGGGAUACUGGAGGUAUUACAAAAGUACUUUUCAAUUUUGCCUACAAGCGCCGAGUUGCAGCCAUAGAAGGUAGCUGGUUUGGAGCCUGGGGACUAGAAAAGUUAUUGUGGGAUUUGCUUGUAUUCAAAAAGAUAAGAUCUGUACUUGGUGGAGAUAUCCGUGCCAUGCUAUGUGGAGGAGCUCCAUUAUCAGGAGAUACACAACGAUUCGUUAACAUCUGUAUGGGGGCUCCUAUUGUUCAAGGUUAUGGUCUGACAGAAACAUGUUGCGGAGGUGCCUUUUCUGAGUUUGAUGACACUUCAGUUGGUCGAGUUGGGCCACCUCUCCCUUGCUGCUUUGUUAAGCUUGUUUCUUGGGACGAAGGUGGUUAUUUGACAUCUGACAAACCAAUGCCACGAGGAGAGGCUGUAAUUGGUGGUGGCUGUGUAACUGCUGGUUACUUUAACAAUGAUGCAAAAACAAAUGAGGUCUAUAAGGUUGAUGAGAGGGGCAUGCGCUGGUUUUACACAGGUGACGUUGGAAGGUUUCACCCUGAUGGAUGCCUUGAAAUUAUUGAUAGAAAGAAGGACAUUGUUAAACUUCAACAUGGGGAGUAUAUCUCCCUUGGCAAGGUUGAGGCAGCCUUGAUGUCUAGCAAUUAUGUUGAAAAUAUAAUGACAUAUGCAGAUCCUUCGCAGAAAUAUUGUGUAGCUCUAGUUGUCCCCUCACGUCAUGUCCUUGAGAAGUGGGCCAAAGAUGUUGGUGCUGAGUUCAAGGACUAUCCCGAGUUGUGCAACAAAAAGGAAGCUGUAGACGAGGUCCAAAAAUCUCUUGCCAAGGAAGCAAAAUCGGCAAAGUUGGACAAGUUUGAACUUCCUGCAAAGAUUAAGUUGAUGCCAGAACCAUGGACUCCAGAAUCUGGUUUAGUUACUGCAGCUCUGAAGUUGAAGAGGGAGCAAUUAAAGGCCAAGUUCAAGAACGAGCUUGAAGAGUUGUAUAAGUGAAACUGCUCCCUUGAUUAAAGUGACUGAUUCGAUACAUUUAUUAUCUUUUCAUGGGAAAUACUUGUGACUUUCUAGCAAUUGAGUUAGGAUCACAUUGAUUCUCAGACUGGAACAAAUUUUCCUAAGCUUUAUUGUUAGAGGAGUUGUAGGUUUGUGUGAUUCGUUUCUACGGCUUUGAGAAGAAUGUUAUGUGUGUUUGAGAUCUAAUCAUGGCUUCUAUCUAGAAAUUUAAAGAGUUUUUCAUUUUGCUUUUAAA